UUAUUCAAAUAGGGCCCAAGGCGUAGAAGUAGGGAUUGGAGGCUUGCCUGGCGCUCAGAGCUAUAUCACAGCGUUAACAGGCAGCACGGAGCGUCAUUUCAACUCCGGUCACCGACAGACGCAUUUCACGGCUGGAUCCAUAAGACACGCACGCACACACACACGCACAUCAACGCCAGUUCUCGACGAGGGGGGAACCACCGGAGAGCCAAACGCACCCAGUGGUCCCAAAUCAACUGCUAUCAGAGAGGCUUUGGGCUUUUCCCCGGCUGGGAGACGCUUUGUGAAGGUCCUCCAUGAUGCUUGGAGCAGUUAAAAUGGAAGGACACGAACACACCGACUGGAGCACCUACUACGCAGAGCCUGAGUGUUACACCUCGGUUGGCAACAUGAACACCGGCCUGGGAAUGAACUCUAUGAAUACCUACAUGAGCAUGUCCGGCAUGGGCACCCCUGCCAACAUGACGGCCAACUCCAUGAACAUGUCCUACGUCAACACGGGCAUGAGUCCCUCCAUGACCGGCAUGUCGCCGAGCACCGGCGCCAUGAACGGCAUGGGCGCGGGCAUGACGGCCAUGAGCGCAGCCCUGAGCCCCAGCAUGAGCCCCAUGACCGCGCAGCCCGCGUCCAUGAACGCGCUUGCGUCCUACACCAACAUGAACGCCAUGAGCCCCAUUUACGGACAGUCCGGCAUCAACAGGUCCAGAGACCCCAAGACCUACCGCAGGAGCUACACGCACGCCAAGCCGCCGUAUUCCUACAUUUCCCUCAUCACCAUGGCCAUCCAGCAGUCUCCCAGCAAGAUGCUGACUCUGGCCGAGAUCUACCAGUGGAUAAUGGACCUCUUCCCUUUUUACCGACAGAAUCAGCAGCGCUGGCAGAACUCCAUCCGCCACUCUUUGUCGUUCAAUGACUGUUUCCUCAAAGUGCCCAGGUCGCCGGAUAAGCCCGGCAAAGGCUCCUUUUGGACUCUCCACCCGGACUCCGGCAACAUGUUCGAGAACGGCUGCUACCUGAGGAGGCAGAAGCGCUUCAAGUGCGACAAGAAGAUGAACCCGAAGGACAGCGGCCGCAAAGGGGGAGACGGCGGCUCCUCCAACAGCAGCUCGGAGAGCUGCAACGGCAACGAGUCCCCGCACUCCAACUCCUCCUCCGGGGAGCACAAAAGGUCCAUGUCGGACAUGAAGGCGGGCCAGGCCAUGAGCCCGGAGCACGCCGCCGCCUCGCCGGUGUCGCAGGGGCAGCAGCACCUCAUGUCUCAGCAUCACUCGGUCCUUGCGCACGACGCGCACAUGAAGCCGGAGCACCACUACUCCUUCAACCACCCCUUCUCCAUAAAUAACCUCAUGUCGUCGGAGCAGCAGCACCACAAAAUGGACCUAAAGACUUACGAGCAGGUGAUGCAUUACUCCGGCUAUGGUUCCCAAAUGCCGGGGGGUCUUUCUAUGGGCUCCAUGGCGGGGAAAGCCGGGCUGGAUUCCUCGUCCAUGGCCGAUACGUCUUACUACCAAGGCGUCUAUUCCAGGCCAAUCAUGAACUCCUCAUAAACUCUUUACCCCUCAACGUGACGUGGACUUUCUCCCCCCUUCAGUUUGUACAUUUGUAAAAAAAAUAUAGAUUUUGUGUACGAUACGUAUUUCAGAUAUUUUUGACGUUUCCCACCGUUUUAGUUGUCGAGUUUGUUCGUAGCAUAAUUAUUUUGUUGAUGAUAAUGAAUAAAAGUAAAGAUAAUGUGACGAGAUCUGUUCGGCUUCAGGAAUGGACCCCAAAGAAAAAACAACAACAACAACAACAACAACAACAACUUGCUGUAAAAAAGCCUCCAUCUGCAACUGGAUUCCUAUAUGAAUUUAAAUGCCUCGCAGGAUUUCUUCAAUCAUUUGUGUAAUUCCUAUUUAUGGCUUCUAUAUGUGUAUUCUUGUAGUGACAAGAACAGAAUCUAUAUUAAAGUGUUAUUGGUUUUGUUUUCUGAA